GGAUCGUAUUUAAAGUGUUGAGACCAGACACCAGAGUAGAGGAUUAAGACCUGUGAUAGAGGAGAGGAGGAGGCCGAGGACUGAAGGCUGGCACCCCCAGCAGUAAGAAACUGGGGAAAGGGCGGGCAUGAUCAGCCAGUCACAUUGUGCAACACGGCACUAGUCGUCGGGGGCUUGCGGAGGACAGUGUCCGCAGAAUGGUGCAGCACAACUCCACCAAAAUGAGAGUAAGAGAAAAUGGGAGACGAGCUGGAGAUGUCCAGUACAGAGACCUCGCUGGGGAAUUUUGCCUGCGAAGACAGUGAGGAUACGGAGCACAGCUGGCGGGAGAAGGUGGGCCGAGGUUUUCUUAAGAGGAGGCGAGUAACAGCGUGGCCUCUCUCCUGGUAUUUGGUCAUGGAAUUAAUGGAUGCUAACUUAUGUCAGGUUAUUCAUAUGGAGCUGGACCAUGAAAGAAUGUCCUACCUUCUCUACCAGAUGCUCUGUGGUAUUAAACAUCUGCACUCAGCUGGCAUCAUUCACAGAGAUUUGAAACCUAGCAACAUCGUAGUAAAAUCAGACUGCACACUUAAGAUCCUUGACUUUGGCCUGGCCCGGACAGCAUGCACCAACUUCAUGAUGACGCCGUACGUGGUGACACGCUAUUACCGGGCACCCGAAGUCAUCCUGGGCAUGGGCUACAAAGAGAAUGUUGAUAUCUGGUCAGUGGGGUGCAUCAUGGGAGAGCUGGUGAAAGGUUGUGUGAUAUUCCAAGGCACUGAUCAUAUUGAUCAGUGGAAUAAAGUCAUUGAGCAGCUAGGAACGCCAUCUGCGGAUUUUAUGAAGAAACUUCAGCCGACCGUGAGGAAUUAUGUAGAAAACAGACCAAAGUACCCCGGAAUCAAGUUUGAAGAACUCUUCCCAGAUUGGAUAUUCCCAUCAGAAUCUGAACGAGACAAAAUAAAAACAAGUCAAGCCAGAGACCUGUUAUCGAACAUGUUAGUGAUAGACCCCGACAAGCGCAUCUCCGUGGACGAGGCUCUGCGUCACCCUUACAUCACCGUUUGGUAUGACCCUGCCGAAGCAGAAGCGCCACCACCUCAGAUUUAUGAUGCCCAGUUGGAAGAAAGAGAGCAUGCCAUCGAGGAGUGGAAAGAGCUGAUUUACAAAGAAGUACUGGACUGGGAAGAAAGAAGCAAGAACGGUGUUGUGAAAGAUCAGCCUUCAGAUGCACCAGUAAGUAGCAACGCCACUCCUUCCGAGUCGUCCUCCAUCAACGACAUCUCCUCCAUGUCCACCGAGCAGACGCUGGCCUCAGACACAGACAGCAGCCUCGACGCCUCGACGGGACCCCUGGAAGGCUGCCGAUGAUAAGUUACGAGACGCAAAGCUUGUCAUCAGUGAAGGAACUCUCGCUUCCACGGGCCUGAGAUGCUUGGGGGGGUUGAUGGAACCAAAUAGAAAAAACUCCAUGUUCUGCAUGUAAGAAACGCGAUGCCUUGCCCCUACUCAGUUCUAAUAGGAUUGCCUGCCUAGAUUAUAAACUGAAGCAGAUCCUGUCUGAAGGAAACAAGUACAAGCCACACUCUUAGAGAUUAUGUUCAAGGUCAUUUCAGGUGAGCAAUUAGAAUAGGUGAUUUUUUUUUAAGUUGUACGGUAAUAGUGGUGACAGUUUCUCAUCCUCAGUAACUGUUGGGACUUCUAUGCAUGUGACCACAUGUGCUUGCUCGGACUUGCCAUCUAGCACUUUGGAAAUCAGUAUCUAAAUGCCAAAUAAUCCUCCAGGUAGUGCUGCUUCUCGAAUGAUCUCUUAAUCCUCUGAAGUAAUUUGGUGUCUGUCCAGAAAAAAUAGAUUUGUGUGUAUUAAUUGGCCACCAUCAUAUUAUCAUAUCUUACCUUCUUUUAUGGUAUGAUUUAUUCUAUCUUUUGUAUUUGAGAAGGAAUAUAAUUAAAUCUAUUUAAUAAAUAAAACAUACAACUUUUCUUAAAUUUGUCAUGUUUUGGGCUGAGAAUUAUCACUGCUAAAACCAAGACACUCUUAGGGAUGCUUUGUUUUCUCUAAAUUGUCUUAGUCUGGGGUAACCGUGCAUUCAGCUUUAUUGCAUGAUAAAAUGUUAAGUUUUGUCUGCUGAGGACAUACACACCUUUAAAAUCCUGUCUACCCUCGCCCCUUUCUCCUGGUCUUCUGGACUUACUAAUUUAAAAUGCUCCUAAAACUCCGCCUUCUUUAUCAGGCACCUAACACUCCACUUCGAUGACAUGAGGACCAACAGAUCCUUGAAUCCAUUAGCGGCGAGGGCAGAAUUUUAUGAAACGGUCACUGAAGGCGGCCGCAGCCGCCCCCUGAGGGCUCGCUGCGCCCGAGGCUGCGCAGGGCCCUCGCUUGCCUUCCGGCCUCGAGGCAAGGUGCGCCAUCUUCCCAGGCUGCGCUUCCUGUUUCCGAUCUAACGUUUUUGCUCGAUUUUCCUUCUUUACUGCAAGGAACCACAUUAAAUGCCCCCCGCCCCUUGGGUCUGUCUUGGGAAGGACAGUGACUCAGAAGGCCUGUGUGGUGGUGGCGGUUUAUGGCCCCGCCCCUCGGGUCUGUUUUAGGAAGCACGGUGACUCAGAAGGCCUGUGUGGGGGUGGUGGUGUCCACAUUUCCUUUUCCUGAGAGAAACCCACGCAUUUUCUGGGAAAAACUCACGGAGAUAUGGAGGAAGCACCCUCGAGAGUAGAGAUUAACUAUUGAGUCUUUUCUGAUUUAAAACUGCUCACCUGAAAUUGAUGCUUUCAGACUUUCUGGUGUGAGAAUCAUUCAGAGUUCACUAACAUACUGAGUAUUGAAGUGUCACUGCAGAAAUGGAGUUACAGUGGUCACAUUGUGGCCACCUGUGCUCAUGACGCUUGUCCCUUGAGCUUAUUGUGUUACAGAUUCGUAUCUUGUGUUUCACUAUCGCGGAAACUAUGGACUGGGUCAACAUUCUAUAGAAUGUGUUCUGAGGAGGAGCUUUGAUGAGAAAGUCUAUUAUAAAUAUUACUGAAAAUAGACAACUCUGCUUGCACUGGUUGUGUAUCUUAUUCGUUGGUCUUAUCACUGGAAACUGGAACCCUUGACAAAAAACAUCAUAUUGAAGUAAGAGAGAGUUUUAUAUUGGGAGGUUUAGACACACUCAGGUACAAGACAGAAAUACUGACUCGGACUGAAGCGGAGACGCCUGUUACGUGGCUUAGGCUGGCUCUGGUUUCGGAGGCCUGACAGUAUAGUGACGAAGGUAUCAUCGCACACAUACCAACAUCUCACAACGGCCUUCCACUAACGUGCAUUCUUCAGAAAGACUUUACUGAAUCUAUCUUUAAAUAGAAAAGAAAGAAAGAGGAGAACCUUUGCAAUGUAUUCUCUGCCCUAGGCUGACGUGAACCGGCCCGGGGACGCCGCGGGGACAUUCAGCUCCUGCCCGCUGGGCGCCGUUUGUGAGCGGAGCUGGCGCCCCCCCAGACCGGCUUCCUGCUCACUCUUCCCUCCGUGCGUUCACGGGGGAGCCGCGUGGGGGUGGACGGGUUUGCUGCCGAGCCCACCUUCCACCAGGCAGCAGCGAGGGGCCCGGGCCAGGCCACAGGGCUGCAGACAGCAGAGCUCCACAGAAAUACCUCACCCCGCUGCAGGGUCCUCCCUCCUGAGCCGAGACGCGACGCUGAUGGUGUGAAACCGCUCUCUGUGGGUGAACGCUGACGUUAGGUAAAGAACUAAAACGUGCUCAACUUUCUCAUCUUUUCUAUUUUAUUUUUGUAAUUUAUAUUGUACACAACCCUGGAAGUAAACUAUUUUGGACACAUAUUUUUAUAAACCAGGUAAUUUAUUAUUAGCCUGGAAUUUGGACUCAGUUUAUUUUAUUUGUUGGCUUAGUUUUCAGUCAAAAGGGAAAUGACUGCCUCCCCCUCUGUCGGGUCUUGACCUCGAGAGCAGGUAGAGCUAUCAGAGUAGGAGGACAUUGUGGAAACGCGGACUGCUCAGUGUGGAUUGGUUGUGGUCGUGAAAACGGAAGUGAGGCUCUGGUUUUCUCUCCUGGACACAGAACUCAGAGCCUCAGUGCUGGAAGGAGAAAACCCUUGGCGCGGCCCCUCGCCGACACCCCUGGACGGGAUCCCGGUUUAAUCCAGAUUCGAUACUGUGUGAGUCUCCUAAUGAUGUACGAGUUUGUCUGGUUGAUUUCUAAUGUACUCAGCUGGUGUUUCAUACUGGUAGUAACUAGAGGUGUGACCUUUCAGACUGCGUAUCUCAAGAGUAACAUUGCCUAAUAUUUUAUAAUAAAAUAUAUUAUGUGUGUUUUGAUUGGUGAAAAUAAUACAGAUACAUUUUAAAAGACAA